CGUUUACUGGUUGGUUGGUGACAAAUCGACCCGAUUUGUCAUUUUCGCCCCACAUCCAGAUCUGAUCAGCAGCAGAGAACAAAUGCAGUUCGACUCAACACCACCACCAACGAGAUCUCAGCUGAAGCUCAAUCGCAACACAAAACUCAGACCUCACAAUUGAUCGCAUCUUGAUCCUUAAUACUGCAUAAUGGCUUCAUCAUCCCGCUUUCUACGACCCAUGUCUUUAGUUGCUCGCUCCGGCGUGGCAUCCCGGGCCUUCAUCACACGUCCCUUCUCUACGACUACCCCAAACCGCGUCGUCAAGAACAUCACAUCAACCGAAGAGUUCAGGAAGAUCGUUGACAACUCUCCCAAGCCUGUCCUGAUUGACUGCUUCGCGACCUGGUGUGGACCCUGUAAGGCCAUUUCACCCAUUCUAAGCAAAUUGUCCGAUCAGCCUGGUCUUAGCGACAAGAUUGAAUUCGUCAAGAUUGAUGUCGACGAGUUACCCGAGGUGAGCGCGGAACUCGGCAUCCGCGCCAUGCCUACAUUCAUCGUCAUGAAGGGCGGCAAGAAGCUCGAUGAGCUUGUUGGAGCCAACCCCCAAGCCCUGACUCAGAUGGCGCAGAAGGCUGCCGCCUAGACGGGAGGGACUUGAGAUUUGCUCAUUCCGAAGAUGGGUUUUGUGUACUUUUACGUAUCCUUACCGCUACCUAGAUAGAGGGACAUUGAUCGCCAAUACACUAGUUGAAUUGAAGAGGAAAA